AGAGAGAAAGAGAGAGAGAGAGAGAGAGAGAGAGAGAGAGGAAAGAAAGAACAGAGUUGUAGAGUAGGAAAAGAAAAAAAGCAGAGAUAGGAGGGGGGUCACAGAGGGUGAGCAAGCUAAAGUGCGAGAGAGAGAGAGAGAGAGAGAGAGAGAGAGAGAGAGAGAGAGAGAGAGAGAGAGUAUGUGCGUGUGAGAGUGUGUAAGGGAGAGAGAGAAAAAAAGAGAGCGAAUGCAAGAAAGAGAGAGGGAGCUCUCGAGGGCGAGCAAACUGUAGAGAGAGGUGAGAGAGUGUGAGCUAACUGAACAGAGAGCUACAGAGUGAAGCGCACAAGAGAGAGAGAGAGGGAGAGAGAGAGAGCAAAAGAGAGAUGGAGGUGGAGGAGAGAGCAAUGAGAGAUUGAGGGAGAGAUAUAUAGGAAGCAUUACCAAAGAAAGGAAGCACGAGAGAGUGAGUGAGUACGACAGAGAGGGAGAGGGAGGGAGAGCGAGCUCAGAGAGAGAGAGAGAGAGAGAGAGAGAGACAUAUAGUAUCAGAGCUGGAUGUUCGUAUUUGCAUCGCUGCCGGCUGGCUCGCUGUUCCAAUGAUCACUCACUCCUCUCACCACAAGACACCCAGAGAGGUGAACUGACGUCUGUCGUGCGCGGAGCUGUGAGGAGCGCGUGAUGCUGUUCAGCAGAAAGGCGGCGCCCCUCUCUCCGAACCCGUCGUUCUCCCCCGAAGCCCAUGUGACCUAAAGACCGCCGACACCGGUCCCACAGGCCGUGGGGUGCCUCCAUGAAUCCCACCCCAGACCGUGGCAAAGAGUGCCUGCCUCCCAAGAAGCGCGAGUCCCGCCAGGGCUCUUCGGAACAGCCGCCGCCUCCUCGGCCCCCGGAGGACGACUUCAAGCCCCCGGCGCCGCUGAGGCCACGCCCACUGCCGUCCAGGCCGUCCGAGGGCAGGGAGGGUGGCGGCGUCCACCACCCGCCGCCUCCUCACUAUGACAAAGAUCUGCCCCCUCCUCCACCUCCACCGCCACCCCCUCCGCCCGCCCCACUGCACCCCCUCCCCCUCCCCUUGCAAUGGCACGUCUCCUACCCCCCCACCACCAGCCACCACUUCCUGUCGGGCGACCGGCACGGUACGCUGCCGUCCUCCUGGAGGGACAGCCGGGUGCCGGACGUGGUGGAGCCCCCCAUGGCGCACCACUCCCGCUGGGUGAGGGGCGAGGUGCCGCCCCUGGGCCUCCAGCCGCCCUUGUCCAUCCCUUCCCCGUACAAGACCCACUACGCCACUGCCUCGGACCGGGACGUGUGGCCCUACUUCGGCGCCGCCAGCCGCCGGGACUACGGGCCCUCUUCCUUCUUCUCGCCGGCGCACCACCUCUUCGCCCAGCCGGCGCCGCCCUCGCCAUACCCCACCGAGCCCCUCUCCGUGUCCGAGCGGCUGCGCUACAGCACGGGCAGGAGGCCCAACGGCCUGGACGGCCUGGAGGUCCGGCCCAGUCCCCUGGAGAGGCCGCCCUCGGCUGGGGAGAUGGGCGGUGGCGGCGGGAGCGGGAGUAACAGCGAGGGGCGCUCCAGGGCAGAGGGCUUCCACACCAACGGCAGGAAGAGGCACCCGGAGGACGCGGCCAGCUCAUCGCAGGCGAGAGGGACGCUGUCCUCCCGGGAGGGCCACAACGCACGCAGCACCCCGCAGGACCGGGAAAGGGACCGAGAGCGAGAGCGAGAGAGAGACAGAGAUAGAGAACGUGAGAGAGACAGAGACCGAGACAGAGAGAGAGAGCGAGACCUCCGCAGGCCACCCAAAGCCCCUCACCACAUCUCCUCCGACUCUUCGCGGACUGCCAAGGUGGAGCCCCUGGGGCUCGGUGCCAUCCAGGGCGCCGGGGCCCAGAUCUACUACGCCCUGGGCUCCGUCUACCCCGCCCUCCAGCACCAACAGCAGCACUCCUCCCCCUCCCCCUCCCCGUCCUCCUCCUCCUUCGCCUACCCAGCGCACCUCAGCUCCGUGGGCACCCCGCCCUACACGCCCCCCCAUAGCAAGAGGAACUCCCAACUCUCGCCCCUCUCGGCGGGACAGCAACAGCAAUCGCAGCAGCAGCAGCAGCAGCAGCAGCACAACAGCCACGGAGGAGGGGAGCCAGAGGACCUGGUCUUGCUCUCGUCCGGCUCGCCGGGCCCCUACCGGGAGCGCGAGCGUGGACACGGACACGGACUCACGACGCACGGACACCUGCACGGCCACGGCCACGCUCACGGCUCGCACCACCUUCCUCCUCCUCCUCCUCCUCCUCCUCCUCAGGACCCAGAGUCACAGCACCACCAUCCCGCCGCAGUCCUACCUCAUUUCGCCAGGGGGUCCCUGAUCGAGCUGGCCGGCGGCCGGCUGAAGCGCGUGGAGGAGCUGCGCACCGACGACUUCCUGCGCAGCGCCGACACCUCGCCAGAGUUCCACCUGAGCACCUGCACCGUGCUGCACAUCGCCGCCGGCCCCACGCACGGCUUCAACCAGCUGCAGGUGCUGCUGGCCGACCGCAACACUCAGGAGUUACUCACAGUCUUAGUGGAGUAUCCGUUCUUUGUGCGCGACCGAGGCUGGUCUUCGUGCUGCCCUCAGAGAACCGCCCAACUCUACGGCCUCUCCUGCCGCCAGCUGAGCGCCGGAGACGUGUGCCUGGCACUGACCCCCACCCCCACCCCCACCACCAGCCCCUCGGCUGGCUCCACCACCUGCUCCUCCAGCCCUCUGGGACCUCCUCCGCCCCGCUCCCGCCUGGCCUCCAAGGCCUCCCGCACACACAGCCAGGCCUACGGAGAGCCAGGCCCUGGCUCCAGCAGCCCCGGGGCGGAGAGCAUGCCUCCGCCUCCCCCUCCUCCACCACCUCCUCCCUCGCUACCGCCACCACCACUUCCACCGCCACCUCUUCCUCCUUUCCCGGCCCCUCUGGCCACGACGGGUAUUGUCCCCAGCACCAACAUGGCUGCCACCGCGGGCACGUCGGGCUCCAAGGGUACCAGAGAGGGGGGCCAGGAGUGGGAGCCACGGCCCCGCAAGAGACGCUGGUCGGCCCCUGAGCUCCCUGGCCGAGAGGGGGAGGGGGAGGAGAUGGAGGUGGUGGAGGUGGGGGUGGAGGAGGACAGUGGGAGGACGCUCCCAGAUUUACCUCAAGACUCCAAACAGGAGAAACAGCAGUAAAAAAAACAAAACAAAACAAGGCCCCCUUUCCUUCUCUUACGACCACCAUGUCAAAACACACACACACACACACACACACACACACACACGUUUAAACACACAAACGGUACAGACACCUACACACGCACACACAAAAACACACACACACACACACUCGCACACACAAAGCCUCGUCACAGUCCACGUACAGUGCGUGGUGUCUCCGCACCACCAGCUCCAUGCACUCGACUCUGGUCGACUGAGCAGGAAGAGGGGCGUUGGAGGGCGCGCAAGGAUUCAGGUAACCAUAAAACCAGAUACGAUGGCCAUCCUCAAGAGCGCCUAGAAGCAAAGCCAUGAAAACCAACCCCACCUCCUCCUCUGGUUUUGUGAAAACGGGACGGGGGUCACGCAAAGGGGAAAGAGUUGUAUAUUUCCACGAUGGAAGGAUAAGCAAUGGGGGGGGCACCUUGCUAGGAAUUCCCAAAAUGCACAAAAAGAGACAAUUCAGUGAGACAAUCAAAAAAAAAUUCACCUGUCUGUGUCGCCACGCGUUUACUCUCUGACGUACAGUAGUAAUGGGGCACCUAAGUCACGCCCUCUACUUCCUGGUUCAUGGGGCAAUAAGUUGCAAAAAAUUGAAUGGAAGGGAACGAGGCGCGUCGUGGUGGAUUUGUGGUGCAUAGGUGGAGGUCCAAGGUUUGGAUUGGUGUCGAAAAACCACUCAUUGCAAGCCCAGUAAUUCUUUUUUGACUCCCCAUGCCCCAUGAACCAAGAAGUAGAG